AUUGGAUGGAUGGAUGGAUGCAUGGACGGGUCAAUGGGCGUGGCGUGCCUAUCUGUCUUUGCAUCCCAGCACUGCAAAGAUCAUAAAUAUGUUAUCUAUGUGGGUGCGGUGUGUGCAUCUCUCUCGGAACAUGAAUCAACCGCAUUGUGUGUGACUGACAAAUAGAGACAUCCACUCACUCACUCCAUGAAAAAGAGCCACGGCGCUCGUCUCGUCAUCGCAACCAAUGACCUCCACCGCCCAUGCACACAUACAGUACACUGACCGACUGACUGAAGCAGACACAGGCCAGCCUUCGAUCACAGCUCGUCUCGUCCCAUCUGCCAUGCCACCAGCUUGAGUGACAAUUACCCACCAACACACCACACCACAACCAGCCGUCCAGCCGGGGGCACACACCUCGCCCAUCGAUCACGCCUGCCCUCCUGUCGGAUAAGCAUGGUAACACAGAAUGCGCCUGACACACGCACACACACAGAGAGAGAGAGAGAGAGAGACGGUCCGUCUCAUCCCGUUCCAAUGCAUGAAGGCAUUCAUUCCGUCCGUCCCACAGCACUCACUGACUGACUCCCUUACUUGUUCUGCGUCAUGACAUAUAUGCGGAGGUAGGGCGUCUCCAUCUGCGGCCCGCCCAUCAGCCCGAAGGGCAUUGGGUGAGACGCCAGACCCUCACCCUCCCGCUCCCUGUCCAGCGUCACAUAGUCACGGGCGCCGGUGCCACCCUCCUGCCCCUCUCGACGACCCACAAUCGCAGCCACGGCCACGCCACACAGCGACUCGUACCACCCCUCUGGACGCUGCUGCUGCUGGCCCCUGCCGUCGUCUUGCUGCUCGUCAGCUGUGGGGAUGGGAAUGUGGUCGCCGGCCUCUGUCACGACAUGGGGCUCGUCAUGGGCGGCGUCGCGUGGCCGCCUUGCCUGUCCAGUGGCGGUGUCCUGCACGGCAGCCGUCAGACCUAGCAGACGGCCUAAGAGCGCCGCCCCUCUGCCGCGAUGGGGGGACCCUUCUGCCCCCUCACCAUCCUGCUCUCGCGCUGGCCUCUCCCGCCGCAGCAGCAGGGUGCGCUGGCCGAAACGGACCGCCAUCUCGCUCGCAGUAGUGUCGCCCCCAUUGCCGCCAUUGCCGCCAUUGCCGCCAUUGCCGGAGACGGUGCCGGGGUCGACUUGUCUGCGGUAGUCCAUGACGCGGCAGUUGGCCUUGAAGUAGAGCCGUUGGGUGUGCUUGCAGCGGAUGAUUGAGUAGACUAGGACGGGGGGGCCGCGCUUGGAUGCAGUGACAAGGACGCCCAGCUGCGGGACCCACUCGAAGAAGGAGAGUCUGUUGAGGCCGCCCACCUGGAAGCGGGUGGGCUGCCCGGCCCACACGUUCAUCACACGAGCCUGGGUUAUGUAUGGGUGGACACAUAAACAAACAAACGAAGAAGACGUGUGUCUUGGUUGGGUGCGUCAUUCUGUUCGCUGGUUGGCUGGUUGAUUGCUCUAACACCCACCCACCUUGAGGCUGAGAGUGCAUCGAUACCCUCCCCCACCACCACCACCACCACCAGCCCCACUCGCAGAUGACGCGGCGGGCUCGUCCAUCUCUGCCGUCCGUUGCUCGUCGGCUGCGGCCAGUCGCUGCUCCUCCUGGUCAGCCACCUCCAUCAUGAUCUCGCGCAUUGUCUGGCCCCUCUCACCCUCGCUCUCGGCCUCACCACCACGAGCCGCCCCCUCCCCACCUCCACCACCCCCACCUCUGAAUGGCUGCAGACAUCGGCUGACCGCAUCUUUGAGCCUCUCGGCCACCCUCUUGCCGCCGCCGUCGAUGUGUGCGUCGGUCUGGUUGAAGUCAGGCUUCAUCAGAUAGAGGGCCGCCUGAGAUGACCCCACUAGCAGCCAAUCGGAGAGCCGCCUGGCCUCGCCCGCAGUGACGGUGGGCGUGGUGUGUGUGGCGGCGUGCUGGGGGGCGGCAUGGCGCAUGUGGAAGGGCCCGUUGAGGCUGUAGUCGAUGGUCUCGUCGUCGGAGGGCUCCUCUCCGCCGUCGUCUUGGACGACAACCAUGUCGUGGGGGCUGCUGUCGUCCUCGCCGCCAUCGUCGUGCUCGGGAUGGUCGCCGUGCACGAGCGCCUGGUGCCAGUCGUCAGGCACCUGCAGGUGGGCGGGGAACAGCGCCGCCAAACUGAUGGGCGUGCAAGGGAGAGAGAGAGAGAGUGACAACACACACAUCCACAUCACAGCCAAGUGGGUGGAUGGAUGCGUUCCUCUCUCUGCGAUCGCCCACUUACUCUAUCGGCUCGUGCAGCGCGUCCUCAGGGCGGGGACGCAGCGCGUCCGCCCAAUGGGCGUCUGCAUCCGCAUGAGGCGCCUCUGCGUCCCCGCCCUGCGGCUCGCCACCCUCGUAGCUGUCCAUCAUGCCGUUGUCGGCCCCCUCCUCCUCACCCUCCGCCUCACGCGCAUCCAUGAAGGCGUCCUCAGAGCUUUCUCCAUCGUCAUGCAUCUCCAAUGCCGACCGGUCGCCGUUGCGGAUCUCCGCCAGGAUCUCGUGCACGGCCUCGCUGGCUCGCCUGAAGUCCUCUUCGCUCAUGGGAUGAGGUUCCCCCGACGAUGAUGCUGCUGCUGCUGCUGCCGGUGCAGGUGCCUCGUGGCUUCUCGUCUGCUCUUCCUCGGCUUCUGCUGCCUGUCCUGGUUGAUCGGUGUUCCCUGCACCGAUGUCGCCACUAGGUGCCGGCGAAGCGGCAGCAUCGCUUUCUGGCCUCACCCGUGCCAGCACCAACACGUGAUGCGGCCGGGACGGCUCGUCUGGUGGGUGUGGGACGGCGUCUGUCCUCUCGGGCGUGCCCGCAACGAGUCGCUCCUGGUGCUCCCGCCGCGCCGCUAUGAACUGCCCGAUUGAGUAGCGCCGCUCAUGGAUGCCGCCGUCUGCCGCAGGCUCAUCUGAUGAUGCCGCCGCUGGUGGUGGUGGUGGUGAGUGUGUUGGGCUGAGAGGGUCGUGCUCUGAGGGGUUGAGAGAGAGUGCGGAAGCGGGCCGGGGAGGUGUGUGUCUGUCGCUGCUGCUGUGGCCGUGGUCGGGGGGCCGGUAGGGUGUGGUCUCGGGGGUGGAGGGGAGGGAGGGGGGCAGCCUGUCCGCUGCUGCCUGCCGAGCCUGCAUUCAUUCAGUCAUCCAUCCAUCCAUCCAUCCAUGGAAAGAUAAAGGAGCGUGUCUGUGUCUGUCUGCUUGAUGUGGUAUGUGUUGUGCAAUGACCUCACCCUAUGUCUCUCUGCGGCCGGGAAGGAGGACGAGUGUGCGAUGGCUGCCGCGGAGGGCAGCAUCUCGCGCAGCUCGGACUCGAUGGCCGCCUGCAGCGUCGACCGAAACUGUGGAUUCUGCACACAUUCAGACAUGACAUCAACAAAACGGAGAGCAUACCAGGAGGAUCUGCUGUAUUGCGUGCACACGUGUGUGUGUGUGUGUGGGGAUGGUCACCAUGAAGAGGCCAAAUGCGUAUUCGUCGCCGAUUUCGUUGCCCAGCUGCUGACGGGUCAGCAAAGACGAUGAUUGACUACCCCUCUGACACACGCGCACACCCACACCCACACCCACACACACACACAUGCAGCCAAUACAAACUACAUGCACACGCCUCUCCCCUCCCCUCUCUCUGUGCCACCCACCCACCCGUUCUUCAAUGGCCCUUCUGAUGAGGGGUCGCCUGUAUGCCCUCUCCAUCUCAUUGGGAAACCUCUCCAGCCACUGCGCUAUCAGCGGAUGGAUCUCAUUCCGAUUCAGCAGCCGACCCACGCGCAGUGGAGGACACCCCAGAAAGAUAGGACCACCACCUCCACCUCCACCUCCACCACCGUCCCUCGACAGCUCCGAAAAUGACCGUGCGAUGACCGAUGACGACUGCCGCUGAGACUCGCCAUCUGCCGAUACUGCUGCUGCCGCUGGGGGCGGUAGGGGUGCGAUGGGAGGUGUUCUGCGCCACCUGGAUGUGCGCAUGAAGGGCGCCCUGAGGGGCGGGUGCGGGUGUGGGUGGCCGGCCAGGUCUGCCAGAGGCCCUGUGCGUGUGAGGGAGGACCAUGCUAGCCGCAUUCGGGGGGGCAGCCGGAGGCUGCGAGAGAGGUCGACCUGAGUGAAGGUCGGUAGGAGAACGGACGAGUGUGUAGGUGUGUGUCAUGGUUGGCUGUGUGUGGUGUGUGUGUACCUCAGGAAUGUCGUCUUUGUGGACCCAUCGAAUGCCCCACCCCCACUCGGCGAUGCGAUAAAUGCCCAAACACUCACCACGAGCAGCGUGCCUACACACACACACACACACACACAUCCAUCCAUCCCCUCCACGCCCCACGUGGCCCACUCUGGUACCACAGCCGAAAGGUCCCAUCUAUAGAGGCCGAUGCCAGAUAGUCGCAGCUCUCCGGAUACCCCGGGCAGUAGGCGAUAGACGGGAUGUUGUGGCCAUGCCCCACCAGCCGGUGCGGCGUCUGGUCCUCAGAACCGCUCAGAUUCCACUCAGUGACCACGUGGGCGUUGCUGCCCACGGCGAGGAUGGGCCCCUGUGAGGGCCUCGGGCGGGCGGCCGCCGAGAUGCUCCAGGUGGAGUCGUCCUCGUUGGUGUAGACGUUGUGGAAAAUGAUGGGGUCGCGGUUCUCGCGGAUGAACUGCAGCGGGUAGAUGCGCACCUGAUGGACGGCACGGACACAAGAGACAGGGCCAUUCUCUCUCCCUCUCUGUGAGUGAGUGAGUGGAUGGGUGGACAGACACCUGCGCCCGCAUGGUGACGACGAUGAGGCUCUCGGUGUCGCCGCAGAUCUCGACAGUGAUCUGGUUGAUCUCCCCCGCCUCCUCGUCGACCUGCAGCCAACGCCACGGAGCCGGACCCUCCUGCAAACGAUCUGACAGACAGACAGACAGAUGCGCAGGUACACAGACCAAUGCACACACAACCGGGUUUGUCAGUCAACAUCACUCACCGGCCGGCGGCAGCUUCUUUCUCUUCUUGGGCGGCAUGUUUGCAGGGUCGUCGAUAAAGCGGCCGGUGGACCGGCUCACCCGGAACACAAACACCUGAUGGAUUGAUUGACGCACACAGACGGGGAGAGAGAAAAGGAGGAGCACGUGUGUGUGCAAGGACAAGCAGGCAGGCAGGCAGGCCUCGUCUGUCUGCGUCUGUCUGUCUGUCUGUCUGUGUCUGUCUGUCUGUCUGUCUGUCUGUCUGUCAUCUGUAAUCUCGUCAGGUCGCUCACUUUGGAGAGUGCGCCAGCGAAGAGGAGUGAGUGGUCUGCACUCAGCGCCAGCACAUUCAUGGCCGCCACCGGCAGCACGUCGUUCAUCAGCGGCGCACGCACCGAAAACACCUGCCAGGGAUGGAGGGAUAUAUGAGCCAACACACGGGGUGUUGGUCACAACCAGGCCAACAGACAGAGAGAGAGAGAGAUAAGAAACACACGUGCGAUGGAUGGGCGGAUGAAUGGAUGGAUGUGAGUGAGUCAUCGACAGCGGCCAACUCUGAGGGCAUUUGCAGCCACCCUCGGGCACCCACCUGAUGCACCUCGAAGGGCUCCAUCGGCCGCACAAGCAACAGAUGAGAUGAGAUGAGAUCACACGAGUUCGGUCGGACGGACGAUGGUCACGCCAUCUUCUGCCUGCCGUUUUCACAGGAGAUCGGACUGGUGUGCCUCAG